GGCAGUCUCUGGGCAAGGCGCGGUCGGGACGGCGGCGUGGGUCCCCAGGUGCCAAGCAGCGCGCCGCGCGAGGCCGCUGCCGCCCAUCCAGCUUCGCAGCCGGGGCUGGCAGCGCCGCGCUCCGCUCGGAGGGCGCUCGGCGGCGGAGUCCGGUGCUCGGGAGGGGCGAGGGGAGCCUCAGCCCCCUCCGCCUGCCCAGACCGAGGAGGGAGCGAGCAGGCGCGGAGCUGGGCCAGGCGCAGGGCGGCGGGCGCCUCUCCCUGGGUACAGUCUCCCAGCUGCGCGCUCCCCGGGGCUGGGUGGCCGCAGACCCUGGCAGCCAGCAGUGCUGUGCGCCCCGCUUGCCCCGGGGUGCGUUAAGCGCCAGACAGCAGCUGCUCAGCUGGGGUCACCGGACUCCUUCUUCCCCUUUCCCGGGAGCCGGCGGGUUGAGCUAGAAGCCAACCCCAGCCGGACGUGCGCUCCUAUAAAUAGCGCGCGUGUGCCCGCCUCGCGCUCUCCCGGCUGCGCGAGGACAGAGAAAGUUGUGCGCAGGGACUCCGGGCGUGCGGCCGACGCAGGAGAGGACCCCACCGGCCGAGCCGCCCUGCAGCUGAGAACUGAUCCCGCGAAUUCGUGCUUUCCGUGCUGGGGACCCGGCCAGCCAGUGCGCAGCUGCCGACUUCCGAGAGACACCAAGCUUUGGGGAAUUUCUGGCUAAGCGAAAUUGAGAGUCGCUAGAGACCUGGCCAUGAACACAGCCUCGCGUUCUUCCCAAUCCGGGAAACACCUUCUGCUUCUGUAAUUCGUCCCUGCCGCGAGCCAGACACGUACUGGACCGACACGGGCACCGCUCGGCAUCCACCGUCCCCGUGGCUUCUCUGAGUCUCCUUCGUUUUUCCUGCUUCGUGGUUCACCCGGGGGUGACUGGGUUUGGGGAAUUUAUCAUUUUCCUCUUUGAGGUGUGAAUGUGAGGGUUUGGUGACUUUUAGAUGUCUAGGAACAAGGGUGGGUGCAGGGGCCCCAGGCAGGGCUGAUUCUUGGGCGGAGGAGGGUGGGGUAUAGGGGGUUCUGCAUGAGCUCCUUAAAGGACAAAGGUAGCAGAGCCAGCGAGAGAGCGCGAGGGGAGACUUUGACUUCAAACCACAGGAUUGGAAGUGUGCGCGCCGCCGCCGCCGUUCCCGCAGCGCUGUCGAUCUAGCCACGGGCAUCUUCCCGAGCUCCGGGGUACCGGGGUAGGAGGCGUCGCGGGCGAGCAGAAGCGCCAGCCGGCUGCCCACGAGGCUCACCAUGGGCUCCGGGGGCCGGGCGCUGUCCGUGGUGCCGGCUGUGCUGCUGGCCCUCACUCUGCCCGGGCUGGCCGUCUGGGCGCAGAACGACACGGAGCCCAUCGUGCUGGAAGGCAAGUGCCUCGUGGUGUGCGACUCGAACCCGGCCACGGACUCCAAGGGCUCCUCUUCCUCCCCUCUGGGGAUCUCGGUCCGGGCGGCUAACUCCAAGGUCGCCUUCUCGGCGGUGCGGAGCACCAACCACGAGCCAUCGGAGAUGAGCAACAAGACGCGCAUCAUUUACUUCGAUCAGAUCCUAGUAAAUGUGGGUAAUUUUUUCACCCUGGAGUCUGUCUUUGUAGCACCAAGGAAAGGAAUUUACAGUUUCAGUUUUCACGUAAUUAAAGUCUACCAGAGCCAAACAAUCCAGGUUAACCUGAUGUUAAAUGGAAAACCAGUAAUAUCUGCCUUUGCUGGGGAUAAAGACGUUACACGUGAGGCUGCCACGAAUGGGGUCCUGCUCUAUCUGGAUAAAGAGGAUAAGGUUUACCUAAAACUGGAGAAAGGUAACUUGGUCGGAGGCUGGCAGUAUUCCACGUUCUCUGGCUUUCUGGUGUUCCCCCUAUAGAAUUUGAUUUCUUCGCGAUGUUCAUCCGGGUGAGGGGCGGCCCACCCCUGACUUCCUGGAAGAUCAUUUCCUCAUCAUUGGAUUGAUGUCUUUUCUUGGUUUCUCAUGGGUGAAUAUGGAUUCCCUGUAAGGAUGCUAGGCCUGUCUGAAGCCGUACUGAGCUCCACAGGUUAUUUUUGUGCGUGUGCGUUUCAGUGUACUUGGAUCGGGACUCACAGCAGUUGAUACCCAUCUAUGCUUAAGUGUAACAGUUCAAAGCUGUCUGCAAGGUUUAUUCUGAAUAUAAUUUCCUGGAAUUACUGAAUUCGUUGCAGAUGUGGCAUUUUAUUUAGUUAGUUUUCAAAGACCGGCAACUGGGUCUGAGAAUUAGCGAACUGUAUAAAAGUUCUGACUUCAAUCAACGAUUUGUGUGAUACUGCCAAAGAAUUGUGUGCUGUGUUGAUAUACUGGUUUCACUUGCUUUUAUUGCUUUGGAAUUCGUUUUUUUGGUUUUCUUAGGGUAACUGCUGGCUUUGUGUCUUCUCUACAAAUAGGGUAAUGGCUUGUCUGCAGAUUUACUCUCUGAGGCCAGCAUCAGGACUUCCCUUUAAAAAAGAAUGCUUCAUAGUUGUAUUUUAAUUCUAUAUGUGAAAGAGUCAUAUUUUCCAAAUUAUAUUUUCUAAUAGGAAGAGUAGAUCAUAAAUAUAACAAGGAAAAAGUUGCUUUUACCCGAAUUCUAAGUGCUCAAUCCUCAAACCUCCGCAACACAGCUCUCUCCUCCACGGGAAAUCUUACACUUUAUUUCUCACUUUAAUUAACGUGAUUGAUAAUAACCACUUUUUAAGAACCUAAGGGAUUUUUUUCCCCUUAGACAUGACCACUUUAUUAACUGGAGAUGGGAUGCCCUUGUUUCGAAUUAUACCUAUUUUUCAAACCUCCUGUUGUGUUCGAAGUAUCAUCUGGUUUUGCCUUAACUCCUUAAAUUGUGUAGAUUUAUCUGUUUAGUUAAUACGAAAUCCAAAUAGCCCAAGCUAAACUUAGUGCAAUAUCUUAUUUUGUCUUUUGUAUAGGUCAUAUGAAUUCAUAAAAUUAUUUAUGUCUCUGUUAUAGAAUAAAGGUCAAUAUAUGUUA